GAGUGAGAGAGAUGGAAGUACCAUGGGCAAUAAUUGUGAGCAUUAUUCUUUUGAUAAUACUUGUAUGGGCAUGGAAGGCGUUUAAUUGGUUAUGGCUAAAACCAAAGAAGCUAGAAAGGAUUCUAAGAGAACAAGGCCUUAAAGGGACUUCAUAUAGGCUUUUAUAUGGGGACACAAAUGAUGUCAUUAAGAUGCAAACAGAAGCAGCAUUCAAAUCUAUAAAUCUCUCUGACGAUUUAGUGUCUCAUGUGUUUCCCUAUGACCAUCAAACUGUUACAAAAUACGGAAAUAAUCCUUUUAUAUGGUUUGGACCAAAACCAAGGGUGAUCCUCACAGAUUCUGAGCUAGUUAAAGAAGUUUUUAUGAAGUCAAAUUCCUUCCAAAAGCUUCCACAAAAUCCACUUUUAAGGAUGCUAAUCAAUGGUCUUGUAUCCUACGAUAGUGAAAAGUGGAGCAAGCACAGGAAGAUAAUCAAUCCUGCAUUCCAUUUAGAAAAAUUGAAGCUGAUGUUACCAACAUUCUUACAAUGUUGUGACGAUCUAGUUAGCAAUUGGGAAGGAGAACUGUCGUCAUCAAAUGGAACAUGUGAAGUAGACGUGUGGCCUUCGGUGCAAAAAUUAUCUAGUGAUGUUAUUGCUCGAACAGCUUUUGGAAGUACUUACGAAGAAGGAAUAAAAAUAUUUGAACUUCUAAAGGAGCAAAUGGAUCUCACAGCGGAAAUGUUCAUUACAAUUUAUAUUCCUGGUUGGAGGUUUCUACCAACUGCAAAAAAUAGGAGGGUGAAAGAAAUUUAUAGGGAUUUAAAAGCUUUACUUACUAAAGUAAUUAAUAAUAGAGAGAAAGCUCUAAAGGCGGGCGAAAGCCCUAAGAAUGAUCUAUUAGGUAUUCUUCUUGAGUCAAAUAGAAAGGAAAUUGAAGACAAAGGAAUGAAUCUUGAAGAUGUAAUCAAGGAGUGCAAGGGAUUCUAUCUUGCAGGGCAAGAGACGACUUCAGUUUCACUUAUUUGGGCAUUGAUAUUAUUGAGUAAGAACCUCGAUUGGCAAGAACGUGCAAGGGAGGAAGUGUUACAAGUCUUUGGCAAUAGAAAACCAGAUUUUGAGGGUUUAAAUCAACUUAAGAUUGUGACCAUGAUUAUGUACGAGGUUCUUAGAUUAUACACACCAAUAUUUGCACUUCCUAGAGAAGUUUACCAAGAUGUAAAAAUUGGAAACCUAACAAUACCUGCAGGAGCUCAAAUUAUCUUACCAAUAAUUAUGAUUCAUUAUGACCAAAAACUAUGGGGAGAUGAUGUUAAGGAGUUCAAUCCUGGGAGAUUUUCAGAAGGAAUUUUAAAAGCAACAAAUGGCAAAGCUGCAUAUUUUCCAUUUGGUAUGGGUCCCAGAAUCUGCAUUGGACAAAAUUAUUCCCUAAUAGAAGCAAAGCUGGCAUUAGCAAUGAUUUUGCAACGGUUCUCAUUUGAACUUUCUCCAGCCUACACUCAUUCUCCAGCUCCCAAAAUUACUCUUUAUCCACAACAUGGUGCACACCUCAUUCUACAUAAAAUUAAUCCAUGAAAAACUACAUUCAGACUUUUUUUAAUAUUUUAUUAAUCUUAUGCAAUAAUAUAAAAAUCUCUUUAAAAUA